UUUGUUCUCUCGCGAUGCCUCCCCCAGUGCGACUUUGGGAAAGCCCUGAAAGAGAGAGAGAAGGAAAGCGGGUAGUGUUGGUGGUUGGUGUUGGUUGCAGAAACCUAAUGGCCUACGGACGCUUCCUUGCCCGCUCCCUUCUUUCGGCGUCGGGGUCUCCGAGUGCGCAGGCGCCGCGACGCGUACGUCAUCCCGCCAGCGCACUCUGUUGGGAGGAGGAGAAGAAGGUGGCGACAGUAGUAGAGCCAGGAGCGCGCGAGAGCGAGGGAAAGAGAGCGGGGAGGAAUGCGCAUGCGCAGAAUGCGCAGAGGCGACCUCUGUCUGUGCAGCAGCAGCAGCAGCAGCAGAGGCACGGAGGGUUCAGCGCGGUCUCGCGACGCCCCUUUUUUCCAGCGCUCGCUUGGUCUGUGCAGGAGCUGCGCGCGCAACCACCUCCUCCUCCUUCCAUUUUGUGUCCCCGCCUUCUGUCAGCGGAGGGGGGCGUCAGUGCGCAGGCGCGCUGGGCCUCCCUGUUCACCUCAGUAGCCGCCGCCGCCGCCGCCGCCUCCUCCUCCUCCUCCUCCUCCUCCACCAAAACCACCACAGCCUCGCCCUCCUCUUCUUUUUCUUCCUCCUCCUCUCUUUCUCCUUCUAAUCCUUCCUCCCUCCAUCUCGCUGCCGCUGCCAUGCCGGAGAAGCGGCCCUUCGAGCGUCUCCCGGCCGAGGUGCGCCCCAUCAAUUACGGACUCUGCCUCAAGCCCGACCUGAUCGACUUCACCUUCGAGGGGAAGCUCGAGGCCGCCGUGGAGGUGAAGCAUGCGACCAACCAGAUUGUGAUGAACUGUGCAGACAUAGACAUUAUUACAGCUUCCUAUGCACCAGAGGGAGAUGAAGAAAUCCACGCUACAGGAUUCAACUACCAGAACGAAGAUGAGAAAGUGACUCUCUCUUUUCCCAGCACGCUGCAAAAAGGGAUGGGAACGUUAAAAAUAGAUUUUGUUGGAGAGCUGAAUGAUAAAAUGAAAGGCUUCUAUCGAAGUAAAUACACCACUCCUUCUGGAGAUACUCGCUUUGCUGCUGUUACCCAGUUUGAGGCUACAGAUGCUCGCAGGGCCUUUCCUUGCUGGGAUGAGCCAGCCAUCAAGGCAACUUUUGAUAUCUCAUUGGUGGUUCCUAAAGACAGAGUAGCUUUGUCAAAUAUGAAUGUCACUGACCGGAGGCCCUACCCUGAUGAUGAAAACCUGGUGGAAGUGAAAUUUGCUCGUACUCCUGUGAUGUCAACGUAUCUCGUUGCUUUUGUGGUUGGAGAAUAUGACUUCGUUGAGACCAGGUCAACUGAUGGUGUGUUAGUCCGUGUUUAUACUCCUGUUGGCAAAGCAGAACAAGGAAAGUUUGCAUUAGAGGUUGCAGCUAAAACUCUGCCUUUUUAUAAGGAUUACUUCAAUGUUCCUUACCCUCUUCCUAAAAUUGAUCUCAUCGCUAUUGCAGACUUUGCAGCUGGUGCCAUGGAGAACUGGGGCCUUGUUACUUAUAGGGAAACUGCACUGCUAAUCGAUCCCAAAAACUCCUGUUCCUCUUCCCGCCAGUGGGUGGCCCUUGUUGUCGGUCAUGAACUUGCUCACCAGUGGUUUGGAAACCUUGUGACUAUGGAAUGGUGGACCCAUCUAUGGCUCAAUGAGGGCUUUGCAUCCUGGAUUGAGUACCUCUGUGUAGACCAUUGCUUUCCAGAAUACGAUAUCUGGACUCAGUUUGUUUCUGCUGACUACACACGGGCGCAGGAGCUUGAUGCCUUAGACAACAGUCAUCCCAUUGAAGUUAAGGUGGGCCAUCCAUCUGAAGUAGAUGAAAUAUUUGAUGCAAUUUCUUACAGCAAGGGAGCAUCAGUAAUCCGAAUGCUACACGACUACAUUGGCGAUGAGGAUUUCCGAAAAGGAAUGCACCUAUAUCUUACCAAGUUCCAACAUAAGAAUGCAGCUACAGAGGACCUUUGGGAGAGCCUGGAACAUGCUAGCGGUAAACCUAUUGCUGCUAUGAUGAAUACAUGGACCAAGCAAAUGGGGUUUCCACUUGUUUAUGUGGAAGCAGAGCAGCAAGAAGAUGACAAAGUGUUGAAGCUAGUCCAGAAGAAAUUCUGUGCCAGCGGACCAUACAGUGGGGAGGAUUACCCUCUCUGGAUGAUUCCCAUCAGCAUCUGUACAAGUGAAGACCCAGCCCAUGCUAAAAUGCAAGUGUUGAUGGACAAGCCUGAGCUCACGUUGGUUUUGAAAGAUGUGAAGCCAGAGCAGUGGGUGAAGUUGAAUCUAGGAACGGUAGGGUUUUACCGUACACAGUACAGUUCUGACAUGCUGGAGAGUUUGCUUCCUGCCAUCCGUGAUCUCUCUUUACCCCCUGUGGACCGGCUGGGGCUACAGAAUGACCUCUUCUCUUUGGCCCGAGCUGGAAUUAUUAGUACUGUAGAGGUUCUAAAAGUCAUGGAAGCAUUUGUGAAUGAGCCCAACUAUACCGUGUGGAGCGACCUGAGCUGUAACCUGGGGAUUCUCUCGACUCUCUUGUCCCACACAGACUUCUAUGAGGAGAUCCAGACAUUCGUCCGUGAUAUCUUUUCACCCAUAGGAGAGAAGCUGGGCUGGGACCCUAAGCCUGGCGAGGGCCAUCUGGAUGCGCUUCUGAGGGGUUUAGUUUUGGGCAAGCUAGGAAAAGCUGGUCAUAAGGCAACACUGGAAGAAGCCCGACGUCGGUUUAAGGACCAUGUAGAAGGAAAGCACAUCCUGUCUGCUGAUCUGAGAAGUCCUGUAUAUGUAACUGUUUUGAAGCAUGGUGACAGUACAACCUUAGAUACUAUGCUAAAGCUCCACAAACAGGCUGAUAUGCAGGAAGAGAAGAACCGAAUAGAGCGUGUACUUGGCGCAAUAUCUCAGCCAGAGUUAAUACAGAAAGUUCUCACUUUUGCACUUUCAGAAGAGGUACGUCCCCAGGAUACAGUAUCUGUCAUUGGUGGAGUGGCUGGAGGCAGUAAGCAGGGCAGAAAAGCUGCCUGGAAGUUUGUCAGAGACAACUGGGAGGAGUUGUAUAAUCGCUACCAGGGGGGCUUUUUAAUAUCCAGGCUAAUAAAGCUGUCAGUGGAUGGAUUUGCAAUUGACAAAAUGGCUGCAGAAGUCAAGGCUUUCUUUGAGAGUCACCCAGCUCCAUCAGCUGAACGCACCAUCCAGCAGUGCUGUGAAAACAUCCUGUUGAACGCUGCAUGGCUGAAGCGUGAUGCUGAAAAUGUCCAUCAGUACCUCCUGCAGCGCAAGGCCUCACCAACUGCUGUGUGAGCCUACUUUCACCCAUCUUGGACAUCCCAACUGCUGUGGCCCAACUGCCUCGGUGCGAGGAUGAGGAGCUGCUAUCCAACAGCUGAAUAAUACGCCAAGGAAAUUGGAGUCUUUUCUCAAACCAAUGGGGAUUGGACAAUGAAUGUAGUUAACUGGUUCCUGCUCACACUCCAGAAUUAAAUUCUAUUAAAAAUUAUCAACAAUUCAGCAAAAAACAAAAACAAAACCAACCACCCUGUAAAUAUAAUAGUAAUAAAAUAGAGCAUAACAAAACUGUGAAACUUCCUUAAGCCUUUGUCAGUGGUCAAAAUAUUUAACACCCCCUUCCUUACACUUACUGAUAAAUGAUUUUUUAACCAUCCCUCUCCCUUUUUCUAAAAAAAUUAAAGAAGCAGCAAGGAAAUCAGAGGUUUCUAAGGAAGUUAAAAUAUAUGGCAGGUUGAAGGCAGGAAUGGGUUAACGCCUCUGAGCACGCCAGAGAGCACACUAAAAGAUGGCAAAAAACACGUAUUGUUGUGUGGAAUGGUUCAGUUGUGAAAGACAGCUUGGCAUAACCUAAUGUGUAUUACUGAGUCGGGGGUUUCUGGGAGACAUCCUGCAAUCUUGGUUCAAAUUUGAACACUUGUAAGAAUCCUGUCCUUCCCAAUCCCUCAUCUCAUUAUCUCUUGGGAGGGGAGAAAUAAAAUGUUCUGUCUUUCUCCCUCAACUUUUGGGUUUCAUUUGCUGGUGUCCUUCUUAGAGGUUACAAAAUCUUAUGGAAACAUCUUUCUCAGCCACAUUGAAAGAAUUCACACCAUCCUUUUCUAUCUUUCUUUAAAUUAUACCCCACCAUUGCAUGCAAGUAACAUAUAGUACUGUGACUGGAUUCUUCUGGGCCACUGUAAGGACUGGCCCCUUUAAGCAUAACACUGUAGUUUGACUAAAAGACUCGCUCAGUUUAAAAACCAAAACACUGCCCUAAACUUCUUGUGACUGCAGCUUUCCAUUCCCCUUUCUUUGGUGAUGUUUGGUAAUUUGAUUCAGAAGCCUUAAAACUUGUAUUAGCUGGCAUGAUGAUGAAAUUCUAAGUUGUGUGCCAUCAGUUGCUUACCAGACUAGCAUGUUCCUGCUAACCAGAUUUCAAACAUGACACCACUCCUCCCACAAAUGUUUACAGUUCCCUUUUUUAAAAUACCCUUUUUAAAAAGGAAUUCAUAUUUGGUGUGGCUUUAACUGUUAUUUGAGAAGGUCAUCAGAUCCUAGCUGUCAAACUGCUUCCCUGGAAACAUAUUUUGUGCUAUUGUUUUAAAAGAAAAACAAAAGGAAAAAAAUUAAAACUAGUUGGCGUUAAUAAAAAGGAAAGUCAAUGUGAAA